GGGCGGGACCUUGGCGAUUGGCGCGGAGGGAGUAGAGUCGGCGCUGUGGAAGAGAACGCCAGAGUGAGGGGUUGAGGGGGGUGGUCGCGUAAGGCGUGGCGGUUCCACCUCAGGUGUGACUCGCAGCAGCGGAUAGGUCGCGAGCGAAGGGGUGAGUGCGACUCCCCUGAGCUGUGCGAGUGCGGUCGCCAUGGAUCGCCCGGACGAGGGGCCUCCGACCAAAACCCGUCGCAUGAGCAGCCCCGAACCUCCUCAUCGCAACCCACCGCCGCCGCCCCCGCCGCUGCUGCGGCUGCCCCUGCCUCCACCCCUGCAGCGCCCGAGGCUCCGGGAGGAAACCGAGGCGGCACAGGUGCUGGCUGACAUGAGGGGGGUGGGAUUAGGCCCCACUCUGCCCCCGCCGCCGCCCUAUGUCAUUCUGGAGGAGGGGGGAAUCCGCGCUUACUUCACCCUGGGUGCUGGGGGGCCCGGCUGGGAACCUGCGAUGGAUUCAGGGUAUGGGGGGGCGCCCCCUCCUAUAGAGAGCCUAGAAACGCUCUCUACUUUCGAGGCUUCUGGAGGAAGCCUGGAAAUUGACUUUCAGGGUAUGGGGCCCAGUAGCCUUGCUGGGGAAAAGGCCCUAGAAACCUGUAGCGCAGAGGGGCUGGGGGCCCAGGGGUUAGCUGGUCCAAAGAGGAAGGAAGAGGCUUUCAUCGUAGUGGAAGAAAAGGAUGAGGAUGGAAAGGAAGGUGAGAAGAAGAGGAGGAGGAAGAGGAAGCAGAGGAAGAGGAAGAAGCCAAGCAAAGAGAGGAACGCCAAGAGGAUAAAGUGCAUCCUACAGGCACUGGAGAACGUUCAGCUGGACCUGGAGGCAGUGAACAUCAAGGCAGGCAAGGCCUUUCUCCGUCUCAAGCGCAAGUUUAUCCAGUUGCGAAGACCCUUCCUGGAGCGCAGAGACCUCAUCAUCCAGCAUAUCCCAGGCUUCUGGGUCAAAGCAUUCCUCAACCACCCCAAAAUUUCAAUCUUGAUCAACCAACGUGAUGAAGACAUUUUCCACUACUUGACCAAUCUGCAGGUGCAGGAUCUCAGACAUAUCUCCAUGGGCUACAAAAUGAAGCUGUACUUCCAGACAAACCCCUACUUCACAAACAUGGUAAUUGUCAAGGAGUUUCAGCGCAACCGCUCAGGACGGCUGGUGUCUCACUCCACCCCAAUCCGCUGGCACCGUGGCCAGGAACCCCAGGACCACAGGCACAAGAACCAGGACACCACCCACAGCUUCUUCAGCUGGUUCUCAAACCAAAGCCUCCCAGAAGCUGACAGGAUUGCUGAGAUUAUCAAGAAUGACCUGUGGGUUAAUCCUCUGCGCUACUACAUGAUGGGAGAAGAGGGCUACAGAGCAAACAGAAAAAAGCAAGAGAAGGAAAGUAAAACCAAGAACAAAUUUGAAGUGGUGAUCGUGGAAGACUCUGAUGACUAUCAAGCAGUGGAAGGCAGCAUCAGCGCGACCUCAGAUAGUGAUGAGAACACCGACAAUGAGACCGUUCAUGACAUCAAGAUCUCUGACUUCAUGGAGACUACCGACUACUUUGAGACCACUGACAAUGAGAUAACUGACAUCAGUGAGAGCCUCUGUGACAGCGAGAGCCCCGAUCACGAGAGCCCCGACGACAGUGAGACCACCAAUAAUAACGAAAGCACUGAUUACGAGACCACUGACAAUGAGAGUGCUGAUAACAGUGGGAGCCCCAAUGAUAACGAGAACUCCAGUGACAACAGUGAGAACCCUGAAGACAAUAACAAGAACACUGAUGACGAGAACCGUGAUGACAAUGAUGAGAACCCAGAUGACAACAACGAAAAUACUGAUGAUGGCAAGAAGAAUCCCAGUGGUGACGACGAUAACUGCGAAGGUAGCAACCAGGGCAGAGAUGGCAACAACCAGAGCAGUAGUGACAGUGACAAUGAAGGAGAUUACGAGGGCAGUGAUGAUGAAGAUAAUGACGGCAAUGAAGGUGACAAUGAAGGUAGCGAUGAUGAUGGUAAUGAAGGUGACAAUGAGGGCAGUGAUGAUGAUGACAGAGACAUUGAGGGCUACGAGAAUGACAUUGAAGACACUGACAAGGAUCAGGACAACAGUAACAACCAGGAUGACGACGAUGAGGUAGAGGGCAUCUCAGAAGAGGAGUUACUGGAGGAGGAAGAAGAGGAGCGCAACGAAGACGGCAGCGAACAAGAGGGUGAGGACAGCGAUGAGGAGGAGGGAGGUGAUGAUGAGGAAGGAGGCGAUGACGAGGAAGACUCGGACAUGGAAGAGGUGUUUCAGGCCCAAAACGUUUGGGUCAACCUGGGGAAGCAGGGGAACACAGGAUAAAUGCCUUACUUUUGAGGGGAGGAGCACCUGUCUGCACCCCCCCCCUUCCAUUUCCCGCCCCAUUUGCCCAUCCCCUUUGCUAGGGCCGCGCGGCUGCAUAUUGCACCUCUGGGGUGGGGGGUGAUGGCUUCGUACAUGGGUUUAAAGUUUAUUUUUAUGGUUUAAUUGCAGAGUUCUAAUUUGGCGGGGGGGGGGUAGGAAAAAGGGGACUUCCCCUUUCAGCUCCCCUCCCCCGCAAGUUUCUGUGUGCUGCUAAACGUAUUUAUUGUGAUGCCUUUGUCACGACUCUUCUAUCACCUCUUGGUCAGUGUUGGCUCCAGUACCCUUCCCGCGUGUUGUAUGGAGUGGAACCCUGAUCACGAAUGGGGAGGGCUUCUGUGCUCUUUACGGCUGCGCAGUUGCCUUGGGGGCCCCUGUUGCCACCCUAUCCUCCCAAGCCUCUUUUUCUCCCUCUAUCCCUCUCCUUUCCCCGCCAACCCGCCUCGGUGUCUAUGCAAGGCCGCUUCGCCAUUUUCGUAUUCCCGCACACUGCCCCCUAGAAGCCCCUCGUUCUUUGUGAACCUUGGUAAUCCUAAUAAAGUUCGGAGCAAACAAAA